UCCUUGGGGAUCCCUCUAUGUCCCCAACCCACUCUGACCCCCCUGACUCCCCCUCGUGUCCCCCCAGUUCUGAGGAGCAGCUGAAGCAGCGCCUGGCAGAGGCUGAGGCUGAGCUGGUGACACUGCGGGCACGUGUGGCCGUGGCCGAGCUCCGGGCUCAGGAUGUUUCCCGCGCAGCUGAGCUGCAGCUGCAGGGCCUGCGCCGCCAGCUUGAGCAGGACAAGGCUCAGGUGCAGGCCCAGGUGACAUCGCUGCUGGGGGAGCUCCGAGAGAGCCAAAAUCGCCUGGAGCGUAGCCGGGCAGAGCGGGAGCACCUGGAGCGCAGGGCCCGCAGUGAUGCCGAGCGGUGCCAGCAGCUGGAAGAGGUGACCCAGGGCCACCAGGUGCAGCUAGAUCAGCUUCGGCUCCAGGUGACCAACCUGGAAACUGCCCUGAGGGUGGAGCGGCGUGGGGCCACCGAGGAGAAGCGGAAGCUGGUGCAGCUGCAGGCCGCAUACCAUCACCUGUUCCAGGAGUAUGACGCCCACAUCAAGGCCAGCCUGGAGGGGGACAAACGGAGCCAGGUGACGCAGGAGCAGCUCCGGGCGGCCGAGGCCGCACUGGCCCUCAAGCAGGACCUGAUCGAUCACCUCAAAGCCGAGGCCGAGCGCCAGCGGGCGGCCUUGGAGACCAUCCCGGUGCUGCAGGCCCAGGCCGACAUCUAUAGGGCGGAUUUUGAGGCGGAGCGCGCGGCGCGGGAGCAGCUGCAUGGGCAGAGGGAGGCACUGCAGGAGGAGCUGAACCAGCUGCGGCUGCGCCUUGGCGGGGAUGGGGCCCGGGCCCGUCUGGAGGAGAUGCGGAACCGGCACUCAGAGCCGCCCCCGGCACCGGUCCCAGGAAGGGGUUUUGGGGGGCUCCUGCCCCUUGCUGAGGAAGGGCCCGACCUGUGCUGCCCCAAGUGCCAGUACAAGGCUCCGGACAUGGACACACUGCAGAUCCAUGUCAUGGAUUGCAUCAAGUGAGGGAGGGGCCAAAACCCUCCCCAGCACCCCAAAAACACCCUCAGGGGCACGCCAAAACCCGCAGGAGUCUCAACCCAGGGGGAACCCCAAACCUCCCCUGAAAACCCCCUAAUAUUCUUCUGGGAAUCUCCUCACUGGAUCUACAUCAGCUGGAUCAGGUCGGGGAGGGAGCACCCUAAAAUCACCCCCAGGAUCCUCAGCCUGGGGUUUUAGGGCUUGGAAACCCCAAAGACCCUCAGAUAUUCUUCUGGGAAUCCCCUCACUGCAUCAACAUCAGGGAUUGAAUCACCCCAAAAUAUCCGCAGGAACCCCAAAACACCCUUAGAAACACCCCAAAACCCCACUGGGGAGGUCCCCCACCCUCCCAAAUCUCUUGGACUCCGGCUCUAAUGUGGGAGGACCCCCAAACACCCCCUAGGACCCAUCUGGGGUUUUGGCGUCUUCCCCCCAUCAAUAAACACCCAAAUUUGUCUGAAA